AUGAGCCAGUCUCCCUUUCAAAAAAAUAAAAAAUAAAAAUAAAAAAAACUAAUAAUGAGGGGGCGGGGCAUGGAGCUUUAUCCAAUCAGGGGCUCUAGAAUGGAAACCAUCCAAUCAGGAGUGAAGCCGGAGAGCAGGGGCGGCUUCCGGGAUUUGGCGGGGGCCUUUGUCGGCUCCAGUUAGAGGUCGGGUCUCCUCACCACCGCCCUGAGUCUUUCGUUCUGGAAGGCCCAGGCGGCUUCACGUUCUGAGAAAAAACAGCCUCUGUUGUUCUGUGACCUGCAGGCACUGGGAGAUCCGUAGCUAAGACGCCAGAGCAUCCCGGAAGCUGGGAAAUGGUCUCCUGCUAGAGUGAGAGGGACUGAAGACUGAGAGGAAAGGUGUUCUGAGAAGAGACCCCCUCCCCCACCCAGCUGCUACUACAUGAUUCCCACCCACUCCUGAACAUACCAACUAGGCAUUGACAUGUCCCCGUCCCUCCCGGGAGAAGGCUUGACCGUCAGGAAUUACAUCCACAGCACCUUUGCUUCCAGUUUCCUGCCAAAAACCCACUCAAGUGCCUGAGGACUCCUGGCUUGUUAUAAUCCUAGACACUGAAUCCGUAGCAGCGGCCUGGUUUCUCCAUCAAACUAGGCUUGUGGACCAUCCAGUCAUAAUCUCAUCUGCCUGCAUGGACCCAGGAAUAUGUCAGAGCAUAGCCCCACCUGGGCCAGUAUCUGUAGCACAAACCAGUCCUUCCACCAACUUGGUACUACCCCCUGCUCAUGGUUCGAUAGCACCUUCCUCUCUUCUGCCUUUUACUUCCCCACAAGCCCCUUCUUUAUGUGUACCCAGUGUUCCCAAGGUCACCCCACAGGUGCCUGAAUCCAGCACCUGUUGGAACUCAGAUGUCCAUGAGCUCAAGACCAUGGCCCUAGACUUGGCUGUUGUAAGAGCAAAUACAAAUUAGAAAUACAUACAAGACUUAAUCCUUCUUGAAAAUAAGGAAAGAAAUUUUUCUCUUUUUUCUUAAAGCAUUUAUUUUAGAAAACUUUCAUAUGUAAAUUAUUUUUCUGUUUUACAAUUUGUCUAAAUCACUCUAACAGCUAAAUAGGUCAUUUGUCAGUCUUUUUGACUCAGUACUGCCUUUCUCUAAAUGUAAAUAGCAAAGAAGAUAGAGCCGUAUCCCACAGUUUCUCUAGGAGAGCAGGCAUCUGGCUCCAAGUUGCAAAUCUGCCUGUCACGAAGACAUGAAGUUUAUUUUUCCUUUGACUGUAGCCAAUUAAAAAACACAGAUGGCCUCCCAAUUCCCAGGUGAAUUUAGAAUGAACUCUAUCUGACGAAUGGUGCUGUCAGGUCUUCUAUUGAGGACUAAUUAUGGUGACUUUUCACCAGUGGGUGUUUUUCUAAUCUCUUAGCAGGUUGCCUAUCAUGUCCUUUACAUUCUGGGCUAAUUAUGUCACAAAAGAGUUUUCUUUCUUUUCUACCACUAUGAAUAGUUUUUCUGGGGUUGGAGAUGAUUUUAUGAUUUUCUUCUUCAUUAUAUUUUUCAAACAUUGCCCAGAAUUACCAUACAGAAUAUAAACGUGUAAGGUGCCUGUAAGACUUCACUCCAGAGGGUCCUUUCCCUCUUUGAUUUCUGUUCACAACCCACAAUUGUGCAGCACAGUGCCCAUUGCUCCCAAAAUCUGCAGGCAGAAUGGUCUCUCUGCUUACUUGGGAUCUUCAGUCCCUUCUAGAACCAUUUGACUAGAUUUCUACAAAAAUAAGUUCACAGGGCAUCAGUCAGUUAGCCAUUCCAGCUCUGUCUUUCCAUGCCCCUGGCAUCUUCAGACCUGAAACUGAUUCAGAGACCAUGGGGGCUGGAAACCAACCAGGCCCACACACAUGCAUUGAGUAGGCCUGAGAAUCUCAACAUUCCCCUCAUCCUCUUGCCCAAAUGCCCAUGAAUGUGCAGAAGGCUCAUGCCACUUCCCUGCCCCUCCAACACCUAAAUCUGCAGCUGUGAAUUCUGAACCCAGGUCCUGGGGUUCUCCAGGAUGUGUGAGAGCAGCCUUCCUGAGGGGCUGUCUCCUCUAGUUUUCUUCACAGCAACACCCAAGAAUGCAGAGCCAGGUUGAUCCCACCUGGAAUCUGCACAUAAAGGCUGGUCGCCACCUGGGAUCCACGAGACAGGGCCAGACUUUGGACUCAGGAUAUAUAGAAAAUCCAGGGGACAUUUUCUGCAUUGUGAGAGAUCAACAUGGACUUUGUAAAGCCCUGCUUUUGGAGUGAGGCCUUCAGAGUUUUCAAGACCUUGUCCAGUGAACUACGGCAGUUUUGUGAAGGGUUCCUUUUUAUAAACAGAAUUUCGUGGCAGAAUCUGUAAGUGUAAAGCAGCACCUUAGCAGAGGGAGGGAGCCAUGAGUGAAGCUGCGCCUACCUGUGAGCUGUGUUACUGGAGUAGGGUAAUCUUGUUCUUUCUUGUACCUAACAGUUAGCUGAUCAGGUAUAGGUAAUAACAUAUCUGGAUCCUGGAUCUGUGGCCCUACGAUGACAACUCAAUUUUCUAUUCUGGUUCCACAAGGACAACUUGAGUCUUUCCUACCUGAAUCACUAUUGGGUUUUCAUCACACAGUUACAGGGACUAUCUCACCAGCACCUAGGGGUUCUUGAGACACUUGGUUAUAUCCUGUGCAGAAGGGGACAGGCUGACAACGGGCUAAUCUUGCUUCUGUCUCAGAGGGAGAGGAAUGAGUCAUCAGGGUUUGUUUCUCUUUUAACAGAAGGAAUCUCCUUGUUUGGUAUCCAAGUGGGAGUUGCUCCAGUUUUCUAAUGUGUGGGUGAAAUACAAGGAGGAGGCCUGGAGACUCAUACUGAUAGGGACUGUUGACAUUCAGGGAUGUGGCCAUAGAAUUCUCUCUGGAGGAGUGGGAACACCUGGAACCAGCUCAGAAGAAUUUGUAUCAGGAUGUGAUGUUAGAAAACUACAGAAACCUGGUCUCUCUGGGUCUUCUUGUCUCUAAACCGGACCUGAUCACCUUUUUGGAGCAGAGGAAAGAGCCUUGGAAUGUGAAGCGUGAGGAGACAGUAGCCAUCCAGCCAGAUGUGUUUUCACAUUAUAACAAGGACCUGUUGACAGAGCAAUGCACAGAAGCUUCAUUCCAAAAAGUGAUAUCAAGGAGACAUGGGAACUGUGAUCUUGAGAAUUUACAUUUAAGAAAAAGGUGGAAAAGGGAGGAGUGUGACGGGCACAAUGGAUGUUAUGAUGAAAAGACUUUAAAAUAUGAUCAAUUUGAUGAGUCCUCUGUUGAAAGUUUGUUUCACCAACAAAUACUUUCUCCUUGUGCCAAAAGCUAUAACUUUGAUCAAUAUAGGAAGGUCUUUACUCAUUCAUCAUUGUUUAGUCAACAAGAGGAAAUAGAUAUUUGGGGAAAACAUCACAUAUAUGAUAAAACUUCAGAGUUAUUUAGGCAGGUCUCUACUCUAAGUAGGUACCGAGAUGUUUUUAUUGGAGAGAAAAAUUAUCAUUGCAAUAAUUCUGAAAAAACCUUGAACCAAAGCUCAAGCCCUAAAAAUCAUCAGGAAAAUUGCUUUCUAGAAAAACAAUGCAAAUGUAAAGAAUUUGAGAAAGUCUUUCUUCAGAGUAUGCAUGGGCAAGAGAAGCAAGAACAGUCUUACAAAUGUAAUAAAUGUGUAGAAGUUUGUACCCAGUCAUUAAAACAUAUUCAACAUCAGACCAUCCAUAUCAGAGAAAACUCAUAUAGAUGUAAUAAAUAUGAUAAAGACCUUAGUCAGUCAUCAAAUCUUAGAAAGCAGAUAAUCCAUAACGAAGAGAAACCAUACAAAUGUGAAAAAUGUGGGGAUAGCUUUAACCAUAGUUUGCACCUUACUCAACAUCAGAUCAUUCCUACUGAAGAGAAACCUUAUAAAUGGAAAGAAUGUGGCAAAGUCUUUAACUGUAGUUUAUACCUUACCAAACAGCAGCAAAUUGAUACUGGAGAAAACCUUUACAAAUGUAAAGCAUGUAGCAAAUCUUUUACUCGUUCCUCCAAUCUUAUUGUGCAUCAGAGAAUUCACACUGGAGAGAAACCAUACAAAUGUAAGGAAUGUGGCAAAGCCUUUCGCUGUAGUUCAUACCUUACUAAACAUAAGCGAAUUCAUACUGGAGAGAAACCUUAUAAAUGUAAAGAAUGUGGAAAAGCUUUUAACCGUAGUUCAUGCCUUACUCAACAUCAGACAACUCAUACGGGAGAAAAACUUUACAAAUGUAAAGUAUGUAGCAAAUCUUAUGCUCGUUCUUCAAAUCUUAUUAUGCAUCAGAGAGUUCAUACUGGAGAGAAGCCUUAUAAAUGUAAAGAAUGUGGCAAAGUUUUUAGCCGUAGUUCUUGCCUUACUCAACAUCGGAAAAUUCAUACUGGAGAGAAUCUUUACAAAUGUAAAGUAUGUGCCAAACCUUUUACUUGUUUCUCAAAUCUUACUGUGCAUGAGAGAAUUCAUACUGGAGAGAAACCCUAUAAAUGUAAAGAAUGCGGCAAAGCCUUUCCUUAUAGUUCACACCUUAUUCGACAUCAUCGAAUUCAUACUGGAGAAAAACCAUACAAAUGUAAAGCAUGUAGCAAAUCUUUUAGUGACUCCUCAGGUCUUACUGUGCAUCGGCGAACUCAUACUGGAGAGAAACCCUAUACAUGUAAAGAAUGUGGCAAAGCCUUUAGUUAUAGUUCAGAUGUUAUUCAGCAUCAGAGAAUUCAUACUGGCCAGAGACCCUACAAAUGUGAAGAAUGUGGCAAAGCCUUCAACUACAGGUCAUACCUCACUACACAUCAGAGAAGUCAUACUGGAGAGAGACCCUACAAAUGUGAAGAAUGUGGCAAAGCCUUCAACUCUAGGUCAUACCUCACUACACAUCGGAGAAGUCACACUGGAGAGAGACCCUACAAAUGUGAUGAAUGUGGUAAAGCCUUCAGCUAUAGGUCAUACCUCACUACACAUCGGAGAAGUCAUAGUGGAGAGAGACCCUACAAAUGUGAAGAAUGUGGCAAAGCCUUUAACUCUAGGUCAUACCUCAUUACACAUCAGAGAAGUCAUACUAGAGAAAAACUUUGAAAAUGUAAAACAUGGAGCAGAUUUUUACUUGAUAUCCAUGUCUUAUUGUGCAUCAGAUAAUUUAUAUGGGAGUGAAACCCUACAGAUGUUAAGAAUGUGGCAUAACCUUUAACCAUUUUUCAAGCUUUACACAACAGCAGAGAAUAUAAACUGAAAAAAUUCCAUACAAAUAUUAAAAAUGUGGCAAAUUAUUUAAACUGCUCAACCCUUACUCAAGAUAACCCAUACUAGAGAAACACUAUAGAUGUAAAAAUAUGAAAAGCUUUAUUCAAAAUAUCAAACUUAUAAGUCACCUAGGGGUUCAUAGAAAAAGUUUGUAGACGCAAUAAAUGUGAGGAAGUAUUUAAUAAAAAAUGAAGUCUAAAUGUGUCAGAGAAUUUAUGUGAGAAAGGACUAAAGCACAGACACUUUCAGCCUUUAUACUAAAUAAAUUUAUACAGAAUCUAAAGGCAAAAUAAUUAGAUAAUUUAUUUGCUUAUAUGUUUUAAAGUAGCAAGAACAUUGAUGUUUUGACAGGUAUAUUUCAUAGAUACUUCAUUUGUAUUUACAGUAUUUGAGGUUUUUGGAGAGCAAAUAUUAUUUAUAUAAUUCAGCUUUCAAAUCUGUUGCUGCUUUUCCUUAAUCCAUGGUGUUCAUGUGAAAAUACGUGUUCUGUUUUUUUUUUUUUUUUUCUGCAUCAGAGCAAUGUGAGGUCCUUCUAAGUUAGGUGAAAAUAAUUAAUAUCAACAUUUUUCAUGAAGUUUAAUGCCAAAUGUAAAACACAUGAAAAUUUUUUAAAAUAUGCUCUUUGUGUUUGAAUAAAGUAGUAAUGCAUGUAAACAUA